AUGUCAGCCAAAAGAUUAAAUUUAAAACCAACUUUUAAUAGGAAGUUAUUUCUCCUAGUCUACUUGUUGUGUUUUAUAUCUUUGAACAGUGUUAAUGGGCUCAAACAAAACAGAGGGCCUCUGGAGGAGGUUAAUCAGAGCGUGAGUUCAAGUGAAAAUGAUAGUAACUUGAAUGAAAUGGACGACGAAUUCACUGGUAGCACUUACCUUGAACCUGCUAAUGACAAUAAAUCAUUCUUGGAGAAAAGCGAAGACUACGAAGACGAAGAUUAUGAUUAUGAUGAGGAAGAGGAUAUUGAUUUGGACAGUUUUUCAGACGCGAGUUUGUUGGAAAUGAAAAACAUUUCAGAUGAAGAAGGUGGAAAAAAUGAGGGUAAGGGAGGUCGAACAUGGAAUAAAAUUAACCCAAAGCUGAUGAAUGGCACCGUUUUGAAAAAUUACCUAAACAAGAUUAGCGCGGCUGACACUGCAAAGAAGGCCAAAUUAAAAACGAAGAAGGCAAUUUCAGGUGUAAAAUCAAAGUUUAGCGACUUACAUAAGGGUUAUAAGAAUAUGAAGGGGAAAAGAUUAUUAAACAGGACAAACGGAGAGGAAUCAAACAAACCAUCGAGAUUUAGUAGAAUCACUUCGGGUCUGAGAAGAAGGUGA